CUUCUGUAAUGUUUAAUUUUCCUGAUCAAGCAACAGUGAAAAAAGUUGUAUACAGCUUACCUCGUGUUGGAGUGGGAACCAGCUAUGGCUUACCACAAGCAAGACGAAUUUCUCUGGCUACGCCUCGUCAACUUUAUAAAUCUUCCAACAUGACUCAGCGGUGGCAGAGAAGGGAGAUUUCAAAUUUUGAAUACCUGAUGUUUCUCAAUACUAUAGCUG